AUGACAGACGAGCAGCUCAAAAAUGAAAAAAUCGUCGGAAUUAUCGGUCUAGGCGACAUGGGUGCCAUGUACGCUGAGCGGUUCUCCAAGGCCGGCUGGAAAGUCGUCGGAGCAGAUAGAGAAGACAAGUUCGUGGAAACCAAGGCCAAGUUUGCAGGCCAGGCUUUUGAAGUUCUUCGUUCAGGACACCAUGUUUCCCGUGUUUCCGACUACAUCAUCUACAGCGUGGAAGCGAAAAACAUUGGUGCUAUUGUUCAAACCUACGCUCCAUCUACUAAGGUAGGUGCAGUGGUUGGAGGUCAAACUUCGUGCAAAGCUCCCGAAAUCCAGGCAUUCGAGGAGGCAGUUCCAGAGGAUGUUGAUAUCAUUUCCGUGCAUUCGCUUCACGGACCUAAGGUUGACCCCACGGGCCAGCCCUUGGUGAUUAUCAAACAGAGAGCUUCUGAUGAGAAUGUCAAGUUCGUGGAGAGCCUCGUAUCGUGCCUUAAUUCCAAAGUGGUGCAUCUUUCAGCAGCCGAGCACGACAAAAUUACCGCCGAUACCCAGGCUGUAACCCACGCUGCCUUCUUGUCCAUGGGCUGUGCGUGGAAGGAGAUCAACCAGUAUCCUUGGGAAACACCCAGAUGGGUUGGAGGUAUGGAGAACGCUAAAAUGAACAUCUCGCUUCGUAUUUACGCCAACAAAUGGCACGUCUACGCCGGUUUGGCGAUUACCAACCCAUCGGCGCAUGGCCAAGUCCAACAGUACGCACAAUCUGCUACUGACCUAUUUACGUUGAUGAUCCAGGGCAAGAAAAAGGAGCUCCAGGAGCGUUUGUACGAAGCAAAGAACUUUGUGUUCAGACACAACCCCGACCACAAGAGCCUUUUGCUAGACGACGCCAUUUUGAGCGAGUUCUCCUUGUCGAAAACACCUCCAGAAGGUAGACUGCAACCCAACUCGCAUUUGUCGUUAAUUGCCAUUGUGGACAGUUGGCACCACUUGGGUAUCGUACCUUACGACCACAUCAUCUGCUCCACGCCAUUGUUCCGUAUAUUUUUGGGUGUCACGGAAUACUUGUUCUGCACGCCUGGCCUUCUAGAAGACUGUAUUGAUGUGGCCGUCAGCGACCCAUCUUUCCGUCACGACGAUCUCGAAUUCACGUUUGCUGCACGUAACUGGGCCAACAUCAUUGCUAGAGGCGACUACGAAUUGUACAAGAAGACGUUCGAGGAAACACAACGCUUCUUUGAGCCCAAGAUCGCUCACGCCAACGCCAUCGGCAACGAGAUGAUCAAGACUAUCUUACAGCGGGUGAAGGAGCGGGAGCAGUAA